AUGGUCCAGACUAGUCCAGUGCGUCAAGUGGAUUGCAGCUCCUGUGCCACGUGCCCGAGUGACCUUCUCAGACUUUUACCUGUACGAAAAGAAUCCUACUGCGGCUCGACUACAGAGACGUGCUGCUACUUUGAUGGUCUGGAGAUCAGAACCGACAACUUGUACAACGGUGAAGUGUAUUGUGGCACGGACAUCACUGCAGGCCAGACCUUCACCGGAACCGGUCAAGAGAUGAUUUUAUACUUCAGGGCGAUAAGUAAUAAUCUUCGCAGGGGAUGGUCUGCCCAACUCACCUUUGUGCCGCAACCGGGAUGCACAAUCACCAAUGCAGAAAACCCCAUCAUCACCACCACCACAGCAACAACCACCAUUACAGAACUCACCACCACAGCAACAACCACCACUACAGAACCUACCACCACCACCACCACAGCAACAACCACCACUACGGAACCCACCACCACCACUACAGAACCCACCACCACCACCACUACAGAACCCACCACCACCACCACCACAGCAACAACCACCACUACGGAACCCACCACCACCACUACAGAACCCACCACCACCACCACUACAGAACCCACCACCACCACCACCACCACAGCAACAACCACCAUUACGGAACCCACCACCACCACUACAGAACCCACCACCACCACUACAGAACCCACCACCACCACUACAGAAUCCACCACCACCACUACAGAACCCACCACCACCACCACCACUACAGAACCCACCACCACCACCACUACAGAACCCACCACCACCACUACAGAUCCCACCACCACCACCACCACUACAGAACCCACCACCACCACCACCACUACAGAACCCACCACCACCACUACAGAACCCACCACCACCACUACAGAAUCCACCACCACCACUACAGAUCCCACCACCACCACCACCACUACAGAACCCACCACCACCACCACUACAGAACCCACCACCACCACAGCAACAACCACCACUACAGAACCCACCACCACCACUACAGAACCCACCACCACCACUACAGAACCCACCACCACCACUACAUAACCCAACACCACCACUACAGAACCCACCAC